AUGGACCAUGGCGUCGAUUUAGAAGCUCGAGUAGUAGCUCAGAGGACGGCUUUACAUUUGGCUGUAAGAAAAGGCCAAGUAAAGGUGGUUCAGAUGCUUCUCGAAAGAGGUGCCAAUGUCAAUACCGUUUGCACAGGUAACAUGACACCACUGCUCGAGUCGGUCUAUACUAGCAAAGUUGACGAACUGAUACCGUUGCUAUUAAAACAUGGAGCCGACAUUAACACCAAAAAUGAUGAUGGUUUUAACGUCUUGCGCCUCUUGACAUCAUCGCUUGAUAAAGAACACAUCGAUCUAGCCAAAACUUUAAUCGAGAAGGGCCUCUCACCUUGCGAUGUAGUCUCGGACCAGUACCAUCCGCUACACGUCGCCGUUCAAAAGGGAAAAAUUAAAUUGGUAAAACUCUUUUUGGACUUUGAUGCUGACGUUAAUGCGGUAGGAUUUCGCGACGAAUUUCCGUUGUUCGUCGCCGCAAAGGACUGCGAGGACCCGAUAAUGCUGCUGACUCUACUCGAAAGGGGCGCAAAAAUUGACCAGAAAUUGAGUUCUGGCUUGACUGCAUUAUUUACCCUUAUAUCAAAUCAGAGCUCACAUCCUAACAAAACUCACUAG